UUUCGCGCUCAGAAACAAUAGCAAGAUUUCCUGUUUACUUCUGUUGACAGUGUUUGAAGAGAUUUUUGCGUAAUUUUCGAAUUAACGGGUAAUUAUUUUUAUCAGAGAUGGUUCAUUAUUCUUUCCGCGAAGACUCUGCCGUGAAUAGUUGUAAGGCAAAGGGAAACAAUUGGCUAGUGCAUUUUAAGAACACGUACGAAACUGCCAACGUAAUCCGAAAAAUGCCUUUAAAACGCGCCUACGCGUAUUUGAAGAACGUCAUUGCUCACAAGGAGUGUGUACCUUUCACGCGAUACAAAGGCGGCGUAGGAAAGUGCGCGCAAGCAAAACAGUUUCGGACCGUUCAGGGACGUUGGCCCCAAAAAUCUGCAAAAUUUCUAAUCGAUCUCUUGAAGAAUGCAGAAAGCAACGCGGAAUACAAUGGGCUGGAUGUUGAUAGAUUGGUAGUGCGACACUUGCAGGUUAGCAGGGGGUGUGUUUCACGAAGAAGGCGCGCAUUUCGCGCGCACGGAAGAAUUAACACCCAUAGGUACGUGCCCUGCAAUAUCCAAGUGUAUCUAACUGAGGAAGAGUACCUUCCCUCCAUUCGCAAAAGAACUAAAAGAAGCAUUAAGUAAAUUGUACCUCUGUUCGCUUUCUGAAUAUGGAUAAUAAAGUUUUAAUGUUCUAA